GACGGGAACUCACUUUCUUUUCACAUCUCGCACUGUUACACUGGAAUCACUUCUCCUUCGAGUGAAACGUGACUUAUUGUAACGUGGCAGUGGAUUUAAAUGUUAAACUUAUAGCUUGUCUGUUUCUAGCUUUGUUUUUAUUCGGUCAUCUUAAUUUAUAAGCCUCGUGAUGUUGAAACCUGCAUUUUUACUCGAUGCGUCUCAGUAUCACAGUGCUGGUGAAUGCGCUGUAACCGUGUAGCAAUCAUCACCACACAGGAAUUUAUCAGCAGUGUAUUUUCGGCUGAGCGUCACUCCCUGACAGCAGGACGGGACCGGAUAGUUUACAAAGGAUUUUAAAGCCACGUUGCGUCUCUCAUUCAAUAAUUUCCACUCUGCUGGAAGAUGCUUCAGAAUGGAAAGUCGCAGGCGGACAGCGCGGACGCGUCCGAGUCCAAACCCGAAGAGCACAGCGAGAAAACGGACACGAGCGAGAGCGCGGCUGCUCAUCCGGAGCACGAGCCCACAGACGGCGAGUCCACUCACUUCCCCCUGCCUGUCCAACCGAAACUGGAAAUCAAGCGUCAUGCCGUGACCGAGGACUACAAAAUCUCCAGUCAAGUGUUGGGUCUGGGGGUCAACGGCAAAGUAGUGGAGUGUUAUAAUAAGAAAACAGGACAGAAGUGCGCGCUGAAGAUUCUGUUCGACUGCCCCAAAGCUCAAAGAGAAGUCGAGCUGCACUGGAGGGUCUCCGGAGGGCCACAUAUAGUCCGCAUCAUCAGUCUUUAUGAAAACAUGUAUCGUGGGAAAAAAUGUCUUCUCAUCAUUAUGGAAUGUAUGGAGGGGGGGGAGCUCUUCAGCAGAAUUCAGGCCAGAGGAGACCAGGCCUUCACUGAGAGAGAGGCCUCUGAGAUCAUGAGAGACAUCGGCAGAGCCAUUCAGUACCUGCACAACAUGAACAUUGCCCACAGAGACAUCAAGCCAGAGAACCUGCUCUACAACAAUAAAGAAAGCACUGGAGUUCUGAAACUAACAGACUUUGGCUUUGCUAAAGAAACAUCACUUCAUAACCCCUUACAGACGCCCUGCUACACACCGUAUUAUGUGGCACCUGAAGUGUUAGGUCCUGAGAAAUAUGAUAAAUCAUGUGAUAUGUGGUCUCUGGGCGUUAUAAUGUACAUCCUGUUGUGUGGGUUUCCGCCAUUUUAUUCCAACACGGGACAGGCCAUCUCACCGGGUAUGAAACGACGUAUCCGAAUGGGCCAGUAUGAGUUUCCCAACCCUGAGUGGGCAGAAGUGUCUGAGGAAGCCAAGCAGUUGAUUCACCAGCUGUUAAAGACAGACCCCAAUGAAAGAAUGACCAUUGAUCAAUUCAUGAAUCACCCUUGGAUCAAUCAAUCAAUGGUGGUUCCCCAAACGCCUCUUCACACCACACGAGUGUUAGCAGAAGACAGCGAGAUGUGGGACGAGGUCAAGGAAGAGUUAACUAGUGCUCUGGCCACCAUGCGUGUAGAUUACGACCAGGUGAAGAUUAAAGAAUUAGACGCCUCCAGUAAUCCCUUAUUGAACAAGAGACGCAAGAAAGCAGCCACCGGUGAGAAGAGCGGAGGAUCCGGCUGCAGUAGCCAAUGAGAAACGAAUAAGUGAGAAGGAUGGAAGUGAAACAACUGUUGAAAGGACGUGAAGAAUGAAUCGGCAAAGGGAAUAGAUGAGCUCUCCGAAGAACAAGAGAUGAUGGAUGGAUUGAUCCAUGGAGAAGACGAUAACAUGAGAUGCAUAAAUUAUUAAAUGAGAGAAGUUGAGGGACUGGAGGAUAAAAUGCAGGAGGAGAAUGCUUCGACCACCAGCAGUGAAAGACUGAAAACUUUGAGAUUCUUCAGCAGUGUGUGUGUAUGUUAAUGUUAUGUGUAUCUCUUUUUAUAUGUAGUGAACUGUUAUUUGGUGUACAUCUCUGAGUAACUCUGUGUGUUUAUAUUUGUAUAAAAUGUGUCUCUAUGUCUUUUAAUCUCCUCAAGUCUUUUAGUUUAACCGCAGCAGUCCCAUCAUGCAGUCCACUUUGUUGUUAAUUUGACUUUUGUUAUUGCCAUCUUUUUAUUAGGAAUUAAACUUUCAAGACAUUUUCAGAUGAUUGGGUCUCUAUACUGGAAAUGAUUCACAAUUACUUGUGUUGCAAGUUGUUCCUCUCUUUUGUCCAGUGAGUCACAAUGUUUUUUGCACUGCAACUUCCUGAACCCCAAUUCAACAGUAUCUGCUAUAUAAGUAAGAAAACACCUGACCUCAGAUCAGGACUAAACACAACUAACAAUAUAAAAACAAUGUGCUUAGUGUCUUAAGAUUUAAAACAGAUCAGUGUAUUUGAACUUUCUAAAGUGUCUAACAUUCAGGAAUUCUAUAUGAUUUUGUUUGCAAGGACUUGCAUCAGCAGAUGACACAUUCAGCUUGAUAUGACGAAAUACUGUGUUUUUUUCUCCUGACAGAUAUUGUGACCAUUCUUACAGUAAAUCUGUGCUGUUUCCGGCUGUGCAGAAGAUGUUUUCUGAUUUAUUUUCUUAUAUUGGCCAUGUCUUGUUUUGUGUGACGGAGGACAGGCUGUGAUAAGGACAACUUUCAUUGUAGUCAUGCACAGUGGUUUAUAAAUAGGAUUUGACAUGCAGUGCUUUGGUGCUAAGCCAACAUCAGUGUGCCUGACGGUCUUAGCAGGCCGCUUUCUAGUGCGCAAAUUUAGAUGACCACUUCACAGUGAACUUUCCCCCAGUUUCCGUCUGAGCUCCUAUGAAACAAUAUCUAACCUCAGAUUUGAGGAACAAGUCAGCAUGUUGCGUUUGUGGAUGAAAACUGUCAUUAUGGUAAUAACACAGUUUUGCAACAGUACACCAGAUGAGCAAGUACAUCAGAAUGUAUUAUGUAUGUGAUACAAUAACAAAUGUUUAAAAUG